GGCACAUGGUUACUUGUAUGAGUUACUUACUUGAUGCAUGUGUUGCCAAGGCUGUGUCACCUGUGCCACUAGCUUGCACACACUGUUCUGAGCACUAUGAAUGAGACUUCUGUCUCCCAGUGGCCUGUGAGGUGGACUCUACCCUGCAGACUUGCUCUUGAGUAGCAGUGCUCGCCUCAAGGGAGGGACCUGGAGUCCAGGGCAAGAAGGUGGACUUUAGUAGGAAGAGCCCAGGAAGCUGUGGCAAAGGAGAAACCCCAGCUCCUUGGCAGAUGAUUGGAGCAGGAGCGCCCUGUACCUGCCCUGCCUGCCUCCCCUGCACUUGUCACCCACACCUGCCCGGUGACUCUGUGCUUCAGACUUGCAGAUGGGCCACACACUGCAUGGGUGCACCUUCCCAGGUAAAGCCUGAGGGAGCAGCGGGCCCAACGAGAAUCUCUUUGAUUAGUCCACCUCAAGAUGGACACGUGGGUAGCAUCUCCUACCGGGGCCCUCAGAAUCUCAGCCUGACUCCCAAUCAGAGCAUGGCGAAGCCUCUCAGGUCAUAUGUGAAGUUGUGUCCAGAGACAAAUUCUGGACCUGAACUCAACCUGCAAGUGAGGCCUCCUCUUCCUCUCUCAGAGGCAGAGCUGAGGCUCCUUCAGCUGCACAUUUAAGACUGUGUGUGUGGUGCACGUGCCUGAGGACACCACCGCCACCACCAGCCUCCCAAGCAUCCCGGGCCCUUGGACACCAGGAUGCCUAGGCUACCAGGUGAAAGGCCCCACACCCUCCACCCUCACCAUCCUUGUCCUUCCGGAUGGCAUGUGGCAUAUGCUUGGCUGCUGCACUGUAAGUUCACUCUGUCCCGACAAUGAGCACCGUCAGAUGCUGAGAAAUCUCAUGGUGAUGAAGUAUUCUAAGUGGGCUCCCAAAUCCCUAAUGAUAUCUAAACGUUUUUCUCUGUGCAUGUUAUGUGAUAUAUACAUGAUUAUUUCAAACUCUGAGAUAUAGGCUAACUGUGAAAUAUGAGCAAUAAAAUAGCUUUUUAAUCACGUCUUCCUCAGGCUCCUGUCCCUUUGGUUACCCGGCAACACACUCAGCCACAGCAUUGGUUUUGGGGCCAUGGGCCCUCUGGGAUGAUGCUGUGAGGGGUGAGCAGAGGAAGCCCUCAGGGCUGUUGCUUAGGACUUUUGAAAUGUCUCCCAAGACAGCAUGAUAGUGGCCUUUACCUCUGAUCUUCUGUGGCCUCUCCCAAGGUGGAGUGCUAGUCUCCUGAGGGGAAGGGGGUUGAUGCACGUCUAAAAUCUCAUGGUUUCUUCCAUUGCUUCACCUUGCUUUGUUGACAUAAACUUGCUGCCAUAAUUUUAGCAUUUCAUGUUUUUUAUAACAUUCUCUGACAAUUUUCAGGUAAAUGAAGGGCUUUUGAGCAUCAACUGAGUCUUAAACUGCCUCAAUGCAUGCUUCCCUGUGCGGAUGGGAAGGGAGGGGCUUGGGUCCAGGAGCUCAGCCUGGCCCAUAUAUAAAUCUCAUAUAAAGGUUUAGAAUAGACCCCACAAUCUCCUUCCCUGCACUCAGCCAGGGAGGGGCUUGGGUCCAGGCUGAUGACUGAACUCUGAACCCACAACUACACAGUGACUGCAAGAAAACAGAAACCUCAAGGCUGGCCCCUCCCUGGCCGAGUGCAGCCUCACAACAGUGCCCACCCCCAUCCACACAGGGGAGGCCACGCACAGAGGGCCCAGGGAGGGGGUUGCCAGCAACUAUGUGUGGCGGGAGAUUCAGAAGGGCCAGUGAGCAGACAUAAUUCUCACUGUGACUUUCAUUUUUUCACUAAGCUUCUGAGGUUUGAGGGAAAAAAUCUUUGAGAUUAAAGCUGAUGUUUAUGGACAGGAAAUGUAUACUAUUGCCAUUCAGAGGAAUUACUCUGGAAUGGACCAGCCAGGAGGAAUGAGAUGCUCAUUUGAUUGAUUAACGUAGCCAGAGUCAGUGAGUUAUUUCGGGAAAAUAGUAUAAAUCUCAGGUGGUGCCUGUGGCUCAAGGAGUAGAAUGCUGAUCCCAUAUGCCAGAGGUGGCGGGUUCAAACCCGGCCCCGGCCAAAAACUGCAACAAAAAUAAAUAAAUUAAAUAAAUUCAAAUUUAAAAAAAAUAGUAUGUCUCAUUCAAAUUAACCAAACUGUUUCCUCAAAGAUGUUUGCUAUAGCAUUGCUAAUAGCAAAAUGGUCAUCUUAAGUGGUGUGAUAAUGUGACAGACUUGUGGGCUGGAGUGCAAUCUCAGAACUCCUUCCAGGUCCUUCCUGUGGGAGCAGGUGCCCCACUGCAGUGCAUCUCGAGGGCACCAGGGGGCGCUAGACCAAGCGAGCUAGAUUGAGGUACCCACGGACUCAAGUCACCUGCAGACUUGCUGUCUGCUCUGUGCCACCCAGAUUGUGUCUGUAAAAGCAUUAGAUGGAGAAAAUUGCAAAAACAAAGUGGGAUGGAGAGGUGACAUGUAGACAGUGCCUGUGCAGUGCUUCCCAGCAGCCACCACCAGAUUUAUCUGUGGAUUUCAGGGAAUGUGGCUUAAGGAAACAAUGGGGGUGUCCCCAGAAGUGUGCCUCUUGGAGUAUUCUUUGUGGAAUAGCGUGACAGUGACCCCAAAAGUAAAGGUGUGGACACUCAACAUUCAAGGAAAGAACAUAGGUGUUAGUGGCUGUCAUGAUGUCAGAACUGUCGUAGGCAGUAAUGCAACCUGAGCCUUACGUAAAA